CGUCGCGCUCUCCUUGGUAACCGCCCCGGCCGGCAGCAGCUCCUCUCUCUUCCCUUCCGGACAACAACAAUGGCGGACCCCUCGGACACAGCUCCAUCCUCCGCCUCCCCAGGCCCCCCGGCUGGUGACGGUUCCCAGCGCCUCCUUUUCUCUCACGAUCUGGUAUCUGGCUGCUACCGGAACCACACCCGCUUCGGCCUAGUGCGCCUCAUCCACGGAGAGGACUCAGACUCUGAGGAAGAGGAGGAUGUGCUGCCGGGAGAGGAUGAGAGCGCUACUGGGGGUCGGAAGAAAGCAGCUGGUGGCACUGCGGGAGGAGCAGGGAGCCCAGGCUCGGAGCCUCAGGUCAGCAGGUUCGGCCCACUGAAGAGGGGCUAUGUGCGUGUGCAGUGGUACCCAGAGGGCAUCAAGCAGGACGUCAGGGAAAACAAGUUAAAACUGGAAGACCGGUCACUGGUUCCCAGAGAUGUUGUACGUAGGAUGAGCACAAAGGACAGCCAAUGCGGCACAGUGAUCGAUGUGAACAUAGACUGCGUAGUGAAAGUGGUGGGGACCAACUGCUUCCUCCACCCGGUCAACAGCAAGGAGCUGCACCACAUUUGGCCUAUCAUGUAUGGGGAUUACAUUGCUUAUGAUUGCUGGCUGGGCAAAGUGUACGAUCUGAAGAACCAGGUUGUCCUCAAGCUGUCCAACGGAGCCAGAUGUUCUAUGAGCACCGAGGAUGCAUCCAAAUUGUACGAUGUCUGCCCCCAUGCCAGCGACUCGGGGCUGUUCUUUGAUGACUCUUAUGGCUUUUAUCCUGGUCAAGCACUAAUUGGUCCCUCCAAGGUGUUCUCCAGUGUACAGUGGCUCUCUGGGGUCAAGCCAGUUCUGAGUGCCAAGAGCAAGUUUCGUGUGGGGGUGGAAGAGGUGCAGGUAACCGAACUACGAGUUACUUGGAUUACAAAAAGUUUUUGUCUUGGGGGUACCGAUUCCAUGGAUCCACCACCCUCUGUAAUUACACAGGAGAACCUGUCUAGAGUGAAAAGACUGGGCUCCUUUGAUCACACCCAGAGGCAGCUGGGAGAGAGGUGUCUGUAUAUCUUUCCGACUAAAGUGGAACCCACAAAAAUUCUGUGUGAAAGUCUUGAGAAGGACUGCUUGCUGGGGGAGGUCACAGUCACCAGAAAGCAGGUGGACAAGCUACGGGAGAAGCAGAUAGUCAAGAUAAUCUCAUGUACCCAGGAUCCUUCUAACCCUAGCGAACUCCUCAAAAAAAACUCCUCCGUACCAACAACCACUGAAAUACCAAUUGGGAAGGUACCAGAGGAAGACCUGGUCUCUGGUGAGCUGGAAAGAGUUCCCCCCGAGGAACCAAACAUUCGGGAGUGCCCAACCAAAGAUCAGCCUUUGGGCACCUUCCGGGAAAUAUUCCAGGGUCUCCAGCUGCAUUCCUUAGAACAGGAAGCUGAUGAUGAAGCUGCAGGGGACACUGAUGACACAAGUUCUGUGACUUCCUCUGCCAGCUCUACAACAUCUUCCCAAAGUGGCAGUGGGACUGGGCGCAAGAAGAGCAUUCCCCUGUCCAUCCGAAAUCUUAAGAGGAAACAUAAGAAGAAGAAAAAGAGCAAAGUGUACAAAGAGUUCAAAUAUGGUGACAGAGUGGCUGUAGAGAUUAUAACUACUGUGACCACGGCUGAUGUCCUGUGGCAAGAUGGAAGUGUUGAGACCAACAUCCGGUCAAAUGAAUUGGUGCCAAUCCAGCAUCUGGAUAACAAUGAGUUCUGCCCAGGCGACUUUGUAGUUGACAAGAGAGCCCAUGCUGCCCAGGAUCCCAGUAUAUAUGGUGUGGUGCAGUCUGGGGAUCACAAAGGACGUACUUGUGUGGUAAAAUGGAUUAAGCUCAAUUCGGAAGGGGAUGAUACUGAAGUUGUUGGGGAAGAGGAGGAUGUCAGCGUGUAUGAUAUUGUUGACCAUCCAGAUUUCCGAUUUAGAGCCACAGACAUAGUGAUCCGCAUUGGCAGUUCUGAUCCAGAAGCCUUCCCUGAUGCCAGCCAGCCCUCUGUGGGACAGGUAGCUCGUGUGGAUGUGAGUAGCAAGGUAGAAGUGAUCUGGGCUGAUAAUUCCAGGACAAUUGUCCUUCCACAGCAUUUGUAUAAUGUGGAAUCAGAGCUGGAGGAAUCUUUUUAUGACUCUGUGGACAGCAGCUCCAGUGGCGCAUCAUCUGAUGAAUGGGAGGAUGAGAGCGACAGCUGGGAAACCGACAAUGGACUGACAGAGGAGGAGUUCCCUCGGGCAGCAGGGGAGGAGGCUGCAGCUACACCGAAUGAGAGCACCCCUGCAGAGCCGUUGCAAGAACCAGUGCCAGAUGAGCCAGAACAAAGCUCUGCAUCUGCUGCAGCAGCAGAUCUGGGAGUUCUAGGGAUCGGUGCGAACGAGAAGGAAGGAAUUGUGAAGAGCUUUAAGGAACUGAAAGAAGCCAUCAAAAUUCUUGAGAGCCUAAAGAACAUGACUGUAGAACAGCUGCUCACCGGCUCCCCAACCUCCCCCACAGCAGAGCCAGAGAAGUUUACCCGAGAAAAAAAGUUCCUGGAUGAUAUAAAGAAGUUGCAAGAGAACCUCAAAAAAACCCUAGACAAUGUGGCCAUAGUGGACGAAGAAAAAAUGGAGUCGGCACCCGAGUCUGAAAAGGAGGAGAAAGCUGAAGCACAGACGCCUGUCCGUUCAGAAUGGCCCAGUGAUACUCCUGUAUUGUGCCAGCAGAGUGGUGGCAAACCUGGAGUUAUCUUCACCAGCGCCAAAGGGGAAGUGUUCUCUGUGCUUGAAACUGCACCUGAGAGUCACGCCUUUAAGAAACUGGAGUUUCAAGCACCAGAAGCAAAGAAGUUCUUCAGUACCGUGCGCAAAGAGAUGGCUCUUCUAGCUACUUCCCUUCCUGAUGGCAUUAUGGUGAAGACCUUUGAAGACAGAAUGGAUCUGUUCUCUGCAUUUAUUAAAGGGUCAACACGCACCCCAUAUGAAGACGGCCUCUUUCUGUUCGACAUGCAGCUUCCAAAUAUUUACCCGACAGUGCCCCCUCUGUUCCGUUACUUGUCUCAGUGCAGUGGGAAGCUAAACCCAAACCUCUAUGACAAUGGGAAAGUGUGCGUCAGCCUUCUGGGGACCUGGAUAGGAAAGGGUACAGAGAGGUGGACCAGCAAGUCCAGUCUCCUUCAGGUGCUAAUCUCUAUUCAAGGCCUUAUUUUAGUGAAUGAGCCGUACUACAAUGAAGCAGGUUUUGACAGUGACCGUGGCUUACAGGAAGGCUAUGAGAACAGCCGAUGUUACAAUGAGAUGGCACUUAUUCGUGUAGUGCAGUCUAUGACGCAGCUGCUAAGAAGACCAGUGGAGGUUUUCCAACAGGAGAUCUGCGAGCACUUUAAGAGCAAUGGUUGGCGCCUGGCCCAUCGCAUAGAGAACUGGUUAGAGACCAAUUCAAUGGUAGAAAGAGGAGGCGAGCUUAAAAAUGGGCAGGAGCACCCUUGUAUAGUGCCAUACAGCCCUACUGAGCCCGAGUGCACCCCAGAUCCAACUCUUGAUUCCAAGGACCUGGAUGAUUCUGGAUGUGGUGCCACCAUGUCACCUGGGGAAUCCCAGCAAUUGUCUGACUUGGAAAGCACAAGCAAAGGCGCUACAGGGGGUGGUAGCCUCUCAGAAGAGCCAAGAGGAGCAGCUGGGGGUGGGCAGCCCAGUGUUAAACCAAAGAAGCGCAGAAAGAGCUAUCGUAGCUUCCUCCCUGACAAACGAGGCUACCCUGAUAUUGGGUUUCCCCUCUUUCCCUUGUCCAAGGGCUUCAUCAAGAGCAUUCAGGGUGUUCUGGCUCAGUACAGAGCUUCCCUCUUGGAAGCAGGCAUCUCAGAGCCUCGCGGAGGCAGACUGACACUACCAUUAUAAGGACGAAAGUGGAGUAGCGGGGGCCAUACAUUCCUACCCAGCUCAACCCAUGCAUCCUCGCAUCCCCCAUAUUUUCCACUGCCAUGUGAGCCUCUUACAGGGAGGUCUGCAGUACCUCAGUACCUAAAAUGUGUAGCCUCUCAUUGGUAGAAGCUGAAACCAACGAAGACUGUAAUCCUACUAAUAAACCUCCCUUAUCCCCCGCUGUUAUUUUCCUAUGUCCAGUUUUUUGCCCCUAGCAUACCCUGGAGACCGCCUUGCUGCUAUGAGACAGAACAUUGACCUCCUUGCAGGAAGAGAGACCCGUAACAUGUCAUUGGUGCACUGUAGAUCCCUCUUUUUGCAAAGAUGUUAUCACAAAGCUAUAUACCGAGAUGUUAUCUCAAAGCUAGAAACUGUUUACUGAACACGUCAACCUUCUGUUGUCUUUGGGAGGACAUCCACAGCUAUAGGGGUGGUGGAACAGAAAAUGGCGUCUGAAUUUAGCAAUUAACAGGUACUUCAUCGAAGGACUUAAAAUGUCUCAACAUUCUGGGCUGGACCCACGUCGUAAACGAGCCUUACACAACCAGAUUAUAUUGUGGUCAGAUACUCGGAGGUCUGAGAAUGGUCAUAUACCAAUGGCAUGUGUGUGGCACAUCUUCCUUGGGUUUGGUGACGUUUAAAGAGAAACUGAGCUUGUAUCAUAUCAUCAUAUGAAUCACAUUUCUAACUUACAUAGAAUUACCUUGCAUGAGACACACUCCAUUCCCCAAUGAUCGCUAAUGUGGCGUUGAUGCUAUGGGAGCUUGCAGCAACUGGAAGGCCUGGGAGUCUGUGUGAGUUAGAAAUACAAUAGCGACUUGCAGGUAUCGCUUCAAUGGAGGCGGAAGUUGUAUAACUUCAAUCUCAUUCAUUAUCAGGGCUAAGGGGUGGCACAUGCACUCGUGCACCAGAUGGGACAAUGUUGGGGACAUGCUUGUCAUUAAAGGGCGCAUCUGCUUUUAAAACCCUCAUUGGGAUCAUUGGUGACUUGUUCUUAAUGUCCCCAGUGCCUGCUGUGGUUUUAUUACUCGCAGAUCCUUGUGUUGAAUUGAGUGUUAGCGUUCUGGCAUUAUUAGGCCAGUAACAUGUUUUUGUCCCCCAAACACUCCUUCAGCCAACCGUUUGAUUGGUCUGGACAAGCACGUACACUAUCAUUUCACUGUGACAUAUUCUUCUAUAUAAAUGCAUUCAUUCAGUUGCAGAAAUUGGUAGGAGACGACUGAAUUUGUCUACAGCAGGGCAACAACAGUGCUUUGGGUUUGUCCUGCCAUGUAUGUACCUAAUAAACAUUCUGUGCUUAUAUGACAUCAUCCUGACAGGCACUAGCUAAACAUGACAUCAUUGUUUCUUACUGUGUCAUAGGGUAAUAAAUCAGUGACAGCACCGAAAUGUAAUGAGCGACUCAGGCAGCUGAAUGUGCUUCUCUCCUCACAACUGAUUCCUGUUGUGCGUAGUAUACAAGACUCACUGCCAUACACAAACGUACGCAGGCCUGGAUACAUUCCCAUAACCCUCUCCUGCUCUCUCCACCAAUCACUGCCUUACAUUUAGGCAUGUUUACAAGUUUUAUUUCAUGUUCGGUUUGCUCUCGCUCUUUCUGACUAAUGUGAAUUUAAUUUAUGCCGGGGAAAGGCUGCUGCCGCUCUUUUUCCCCCCGUCUGUAAUGCUGUCAUGUUCCCGGCUGUAUAUGUCAUAUUUGAGGGUAUAAAAUGCAAAAUAAACAAUAUUUUAAAAAGGUGCAGAGAGAAGAGUGAGUGUUACUUGUGCUAGAUGUAGGCUUCAUGAUAUAUAGCAGGUGCACCUUGUGCAAGUUCAGCUCUUGCUGCACAAUAACUCCCAGCAUUCCACAGCCAAAUGGCUCAAGCUGGCCUUUACUUCAUGUGAACAGUAAUUAGAAAAGGCAACGUAGCUCCCCCUUCUCCCCUGAGAUCCUCUCUCCUUGUCUCAUGACGGAUGCUUCCGUUUUUAUUUGCGACCUUCAGCUGCGCCCCCUUAUCCUCCCUGUGACAUAAAUGCAUGUAAAGCGACGCAUGCCCCGGGCAGCUGCAAGUCUCUCUCGAUACCAAAUUUUCCAUAUAAAAUGACAGAGCAUGGUUUAGGCUGCAAACUGCCUGCUUCUGAGUCAUGUAAACAGUGCACAGAAUCUCAGGACGGAAGGGGUUAUAAAUCUGCACCCCCACAUAUGGCAAAAAUGUAAAGUGUUUCAAUUCUUGAACUGAGUUGGACGCAAAAUGCUUUAUAAAUAUUCUGUGUGCUGGUGUGUGUGUGUGCGCGGGUGUUGUGCCUCCUGGUUCUUUGGUUUUUGUUUUUUUUUUUACUUUGCUAAUUUAAUGUAAAAAUACAGGAUUGUUAAAUUAAAGAUUGUUUUGCUGAA